AUGGGUGGGAAAGGGGAGAAAAAACAAGGGUUUAUCAGGUACCUGAUAUUCCUACCUGAUACAGCUCUUCAGACCACCAUAUGGAGGUGGAUUUCUGGGAUCUUAGGAGUAACGUGCCUUUUGUUGAUGGCUACUUUGGGAAUUGUAUUGAAAAACAGUUAUGUGAAUAGUUCUUGCCCAGAAAGAUGGGUCGGAUAUCAAUGCAGCUGUUACUUCAUUUCCAGUGAAUUCAAAACAUGGAAUGAAAGUAGGGAUUUCUGUGAAUCUCAUAAUUCUACUCUACUUCAGGUGCACAAUGGAAAUGAAUUGGAUUUUAUGAAGUUUAACAAAUACCUUUACUGGAUUGGCGUCACCUACAGUGCAAAACUCAGAACCUGGGUGUGGCUGAAUGGCUCAUCUGUCUUGUCCCUGGAUCU